AUGGCUUUACCCAGCUAUCAUCGGUAUCCGCCACGAGCCUGCUUGUCCCAGAGGGAGGAAAGGACAGCGGAAGUCAGAAGGUAUUUCCAAAGCAAGAUUUCCGCCAAGUAUUCGUUACCGCCUUCACCGCGAGCAUGGGGUCUCCCACUGACGAUGGAGUUUCCCGAGCCUGACGACGCCCUACACAACCCUGACCCUCGACGCGAUAAACAUGGGGAUCGGGGAGGACACAUCUUUACCUCCCGUGGUAUUGCGAAUCUUGGAUGCAUGUUCGUCCUCUGCUUCCCAAUAAUUUCUUAUUUCCUCACUCCGAAGCCCAGCACACAAGGUGGCUUCAACCUGGGCGGUAUAAACGCGACUGGUCAAAUCCCUAAAUUCCCAAUGAAAGUGGGGCUCAUCGACCCUGACACCCCUCAAGAAGCCCUUACCAAGCAGGCCUACACUCCCGGACGCAGCGAGGAACUCAUCUUGGUGUUCUCAGACGAGUUCAACGUUGAUGGGCGCACCUUCUACCCUGGAGAUGAUCCAUACUGGGAGGCUGUCGACUUGCACUACUGGGGAACUAAUGACUUGGAAUGGUAUGAUCCCUCUGGCGCAACGACGGAGGGCGGGUCCCUUCGUCUAACUCUCUCUCGAGCCAAUCCAGAGAAUAACCAUAAUAUGAACUACACGUCGGGCAUGGUCCAAACAUGGAACAAAUUCUGUUUCACCGGCGGGUUGCUCGAAGCGGCUGUUCGACUACCGGGUAACACCAACGCUGCUGGAUUGUGGCCUGCGGUAUGGGCAAUGGGUAACCUUGGCCGUGCUGGCUUUGGUGGAUCUCUUGAUGGCAUGUGGCCGUACAGUUACGACUCGUGCGACGUCGGAACCCUUCCCAACCAGACGUACCCCGGAACUCAACUUCCCGAACUGGCGGUCACCAUGGGCGACCCUUCGAGAGACAAUGUGCUCUCCUACCUUCCAGGCCAGAAACUCUCCGCGUGUACCUGCCCUGGAGAAUCUCAUCCUGGUCCCAUGCGCCCAGACGGUUCAUACGUCGGACGCGCUGCUCCCGAGAUCGACGUGAUCGAAGCUCUUGUUGAGAACGGUGUUGGUCAGGUCUCGCUCUCCGCCCAAUGGGCACCAUACAACGCGGGCUACAACUGGACAGUCAAUUCCCAAACCUACGCCAUUCACGACCCAGACCGAGUGCAUCUCAACGCGUAUAAAGGAGGGGUGUAUCAACAAACUAGCAGCGCCCUUGGAAUCACCAACCAAGACUGUUACGAAGAAGGGGGAACAGAUUGCUUUGCGGUUUAUGGAUUUGAGUACAAACCUGGAUUCGAGGAUGGGUAUAUCACCUGGAUCAACGACGAUACAGCGGCGUGGACGAUCCUCUCGCAGGGAAUGGGUUCUGACCCGCUUACUCACAUUGGCGCUCGGCCUAUUCCUCAGGAACCCAUGUACAUCAUAGCCAAUCUCGGCUUCUCACUCAACUUUGGCCCCAUCGACUUUGAUAUCCUCCACCUCCCUGCGACGAUGAGCGUCGACUACAUCCGGGUCUACCAACCUAAAGAUGCUGUGAAUAUCGGAUGUGACCCUAUAGAGUUUCCGACUGCCAAGUAUAUCGAGACGUAUAAUCGCGCUUAUACGAACCCCAAUAUCUCGACUUGGGAGCAAAUGGAAGAACCCUGGCCUAAGAAUAGGUUGGCGAAUGGUGGGACGUGUGAUUAA